ACUUGCAACGCGGACAUCUCUUCCGUUGUCUACAAGGAAUCAGACCAUCGACGUCGCUUAUCGCUCACCGACAUUAUAUACAGCAACUUUUGAUCUUCUUAUUUUUCGAUCGAUCGAUCCGUUGAUAUUUCAUAAUUUCAAUCGCUCAUCGAUUCAGCAAGAAAAAAGUUAGGGUAUCGGCAUGGAUUUCGAGUUUCGGAUGGCACGUGAGAAGCUGGAGAGGGAGCAGAGGGAGAGGAAGGAGAGGGCCAAGGCGAAGCUCGAGAGGGAGAGGAAAGCCAAGGCCGAGGCCGAUCGCCGGCGAGAAGCUAUCGAGGCCACGCAGCGAGCCAGGAGAAUCGAGGCCGCCGACGCCCUUCUCAAGGCAGAACAGGAAAAGGAAGCCAAUCUGCUUCUUGGAAAAGGAGUUGUGUUUUCUCGAACUCUUGAAGCUGUUCCUUAUGAUGGAUAUGGAGACAAAAUCAAAUUACCAGCUUCUUGCUUCACUGAAUUGUCUGAUCAGGGAGCCUUGGAUAAAGGACCCAUGUAUUUCAGACUCUCAAGGACUGAUAUGACCGUUUCUUCAGAAUCUGAUGCCAAUGUAAAGCAAGAGCCAGGAACAACACAUUCAGGAGUUUUGGAAUUCACUGCAAGAGAAGGCUCUGUGGAACUACCUCCACAUGUAUGGAGUAACCUAUUUUCUAACGAUGUUGUUGAUGUUCCUUUAGUUGAGGUAUGUUAUUGUAGCUUGCCAAAAGGAACUUAUGCAAAACUUCAACCAGAAGGGAUGGGUUUUUCUGACCUUCCAAAUCAUAAGGCUGUACUUGAAACAACUCUCCGCAAGCAUGCCACUCUCUCACAAGGUGAUAUUAUCACGGUUAGUUAUGGAGAGUUGUUGUACAAGUUGAGGGUUCUAGAGCUAAAACCAGCCACCAGCGUUUCUGUUCUUGAAACGGAUGUUGAAGUUGAUGUCGUGGGGUCGGAUUCUGUAUUGGACAGUAUCAAGAAUCAGCAUGUGCUCACGCCACUUGUUCUUGGAAAAGUUGAAUCAGGAACUGUAGAGGAAGGGUUGUUCAACUAUUACAAGUUCUCUAUAGAAGAUAACAUCAGUCAGGUAAUUACAUCUGGGUCGAUGAAUAUUGAGGUGAAGGUUGAGGCAGACACAGAUGAUGGUGAUACUGAUAUUUAUAUAUCUAGGCACCCGCUGGUCUUCCCAACCCAACAUCGUCAUGAAUGGUCAUCACAUGAGAUGGGUUCAAAGGUCUUGAUACUUGAUCAGAAGGAUGCAGAGGUUGCUGGCACCUACAGCAUUGGAGUCUUUGGUUUCAAGGGAUUGACCAAAUAUCACAUAACUGUGGCCCUCAAGGAUAAUAAUCCUCAUAGAGUCGGAGAAAAUACUAAGACUUCAUCACAAGUUGUGGAUUCCAUAGAAUGUCAAAACUGCAAGCGUUUUAUCUCUAGGUCAAGCAUCAUGAUUCACGAAGCAUAUUGUUGGAGGCACAAUGUCCUUUGUAAAUAUGAUGGCUGUGGAGUUGUUCUCAGGAAGGAAGAAGCAGGGAACCAUGCACAUUGUACUAAAUGUGGAAAAGCCUUUCAACAGGCAGAGAUGGAGAAGCACAUGAAGGUGUUUCAUGAGCCCCUUCAUUGUCCAUGCGGAGUGGUACUUGAGAAGGAAGAAAUGGUGCAACACCAGUCCACUAGUUGUCCACUGCGGUUGAUUAUGUGCAGGUUCUGUGGAGACAUGGUUCACGCUGGAAGUGCACCGGUUGAUGCUCGUGACCGUCUGAGAGGGUUAUCAGAACAUGAGAGCAUCUGCGGAUCAAGAACAGCACCGUGCGACUCAUGCGGUCGCUCUGUCAUGCUCAAGGAAAUGGACAUCCAUGUCAUUGCCGUGCAUCAAAAAAGCUGAUCUAUCCAAAAGUUUGAUUUAUUUCUUGAACUUGUUCUUUUCCCUGGAAAUGCGACGUGGGUUCUGGUUCUGCACAGCAAUAGGAAUAUGUCUGUGCUUUCCAUGUGUUUGACUAUGACUUGAGUUGGGCUUGUGUAUUUGAUGACUAUCACUACAAAUAUUGUUUGCAAAUGUGAUGGGAUGAUAAUUUAAGUCAUGGUGGACUUUAGGGGUUUUUAUUAGCUGUGGUCGAAUUUCGUAUAAGAUUCUUUACCAUUUUGUUGGCUUUUUUCGUCAA